AUGCGCCCUGAGAGCGGGCAGGGGAGGCUGGGGGCGCCGGCCGGCCGAGCAUCUAGGAGGGCCGGGGUGUCUGUCCCGAGGCCGGGGCACGCCGGGGCCCCGGGCCGUGCGGGCGGCGUGUCGGCCAUGACCUUGGCGCGUGCGGGGAGGUCGCGGCGUCCUUCCCGCCCUCGUCUCCAGUGUCCACCCUUCGGCACCCCGAGCCCCUCGGGUCCCCUGGACUCCCUGGAGCCGGAGCCUAGGACCGGCUUCCUCUUUCUCCUGUCAAGCCCACUUCCUCCUCCGCCCACGGGCGCGUCCCUCUCGGCUUCCGUCUGUCCCACCGCUCCGGCCGCCCCCGGACUCCCCGAGCCCCCGGGCCCCCGGGACCCCGAGCCCCCGGGACCCCCGAGCCUCCGGGACCCCCGAGCCCGCGAACCCCCGAGGCCGCCGGACCCCCGGGAUCCCCCGAGCCCGCCGGACCCCCGAGCCCGCCGGACCCCCGAGCCUCCGGGACCCCCGAGCCCCCGGGACCCCCGAGCCCCCGGGCCCUGGCCGACAGCCGCCUACCACUCCUCCCUCAUGGACCCCGACACCAAGCUCAUCGGGAACAUGGCGCUGCUUCCUAUCAGAAGUCAGUUCAAAGGACCUGCCCCGAGAGAGACUAAAGACACAGAUAUUGUGGAUGAAGCCAUUUAUUACUUCAAGGCCAAUGUCUUCUUCAAGAACUAUGAAAUUAAGAGUGAAGCAGAUAGGACCCUGAUCUACAUCACUCUCUACAUUUCGGAAUGCCUGAAGAGACUCCAGAAGUGCAAUUCCAAAAGCCAAGGCGAGAAAGAAAUGUAUACCCUGGGGAUCACCAACUUCCCCAUUCCUGGGGAGCCCGGCUUCCCGCUGAAUGCCAUUUAUGCCAAGCCUGCCAACAAGCAGGAAGACGAAAUCAUGCGGGCCUACUUACAGCAGCUAAGGCAAGAGACGGGGCUGAGGCUUUGUGACAAAGUGUUUGACCCUCAGAACGACAAGCCAAGCAAGUGGUGGACUUGCUUUGUGAAGAGACAGUUCAUGAACAAGAGUCUUUCAGGACCUGGCCAGUGA